UANAAGCCCAAGAAGAGUGGGUUGUCGCUAACAGGCUAAAUGCCCAGGCAGCAAAGGAAAUUCUGAGCAUCCGCAACCGUAAGAAUGAUGAGUGGACAUUCGACUUGCAUGGUCUUCAUGCAACAGAGGCAGUUGAAGCUUUACAAGAACAUUUGCAAAAGAUUGAAUCUCAGGUGAAUCGUGCUGGUCAUAUGAAUCAAGUGAACUUGAAGCCCAGCUUUGGAGCUGCUGUAUCUGUUGAAACUUCAGAUUGUAUUGAUGUGGAUAAUGAGAGCAAAGGGUCCCUGAUGAAUAAGCAGCGACCAGCUUUCUUGGAGGUUAUAACAGGUAAAGGAACUCAUAGCCGGGGACAUGCUGCCCUUCCAUUGGCCAUAAGAAGCUUUCUCAUCGAGAACGGGUAUUAUUCUCUUCCUUUUAGGCAUACAGGNAAAAAAACAAGCAAGCACUUCUCUAUAUUAUUAACUUUGUUGAGAGAUCUUGAGUCUCGGAACUGGUCCGAGACUCAAAUCCUCCUUUGGUGGUUUGCGUAA